CCCCUCCCCCCCAGCUGCACAGACAUGACACAGACACACAGUCACUGCAGCUGCUGAGCGAGCCCGACGCUCUAGGCUCGCGGCGGCGGCCGGACUAGCCCGGAGCUCGAACCCCAGCGCCCGCCAGCGCGCUCCCACGCCGGUCCCCGCACAGAGGUUCCCGCCCGGCCGCGCGCGGGAAGCGGGGAUCGCGCGCCCGUCUGUUCGCGGCUCCAGGCUGCACACAGCGUCUGCAGCAGACGCGCGGCUCCAAACCUGAGCGCUCCGGGAAGCCGGCGCGUCUCAGAGGCGGCGGCGGGGGCCGCCCGCCCGGGCUCCCCGCACCCAUCGUGCUGCGUCCCGUUCGCCGCGCCCCGGCGGCCGUGACCUUCCAAGAGGCGCCUAUCCCCGCCCCGCGCCCCCGGUCCCGCGCCCCAGGCCGGGGCGAGGCCCUCUUCAGCGCCCGCUUCUCGCGGAGCUGCGGGCGGGCGGCGCAGGCCCGGGGGGAGGGUCACUGCAAGCAGCUACCGCCGGUUCCUGUGCUCGCUCGCCGCGUUGGUCUCCCGGCCCGGCUGAGCUGCCCCCUGCCUCGCUGCUUCUCCGGAACCGGGGGCACGACUGCACACGCCUGGCCGGGCCGGUUGCUAGCAGGCCCUGCCCUGAAGGGGCUAAGCGGUCAGGGGCGCGGGAGGUGAAGCAGGCAGCAGCUCCGCGUUUCUUCCUGGCGCCGGUUCCCUUGACCCAACUCAGGGUGGCCCCAGGCCCUUGCCCAUGCGAGGCUCCCGGUGCUUGGAAGAGUCCUUCUGGCGUGGAGCAGCUCUCCGCAGCCGCCCCGGAGGAGGAGAAAGAGGGGAGAGUGCUCAGUCCCGGCAAGACGGGCCAUUCCUGUUGGCAUUUGGAGCCCAAGGCUGUCCCGAAGUCUGUGCUUGGCACCGUCGGUCGGGUUAGAACAGCGCCAGCUGGGAUCUCCACCCGGACCCACUGCACUUAGUAGGCGUCAGUGGCACCACGCUGCUCUGCUCUUUCGGAGUGAAUCUCUGCCUGGGUAUAGUCAAGGCCAAGAAUUGAGACGCUAUGCCCGUUAAACACUCUCCCCUUCCUUCGGCCUCUGGCAACUGCCGUCCCCUGUGGUUCGACUACUAGAAGUAUCCCAUAUGACUGAGAAAGUAUUAUGAGGGAUGCUGAGGAUUUCGUGCUCUGCACAGAGACACCACAGUGGAAUUAGAGAUCGGCACUUCCGAGAGGAUGCUGGGAAUCUGCCGAGGGAGACGGAAAUUCCUGGCUGCCUCUCUGACUCUACUCUGCAUACCAGCCCUCACCUGGAUUUAUUUGUUUGCCGGGAGCCUUGAAGAUGGGAAACCCGUGUCUCUCUCUCCCCUGGAGUCCCAAGCCCACAGUCCCAGGUACACCGCCUCCAGCCAACGCGAGCGGGAGAGCCUGGAAGUACGAGUGCGAGAGGUUGAGGAGGAAAACCGCGCCCUGCGCAGGCAACUCAGCCUGGCUCAGGGUCAGAGCCCUGCUCACCGCCGUGGGAACCACUCCAAGACGUACUCCAUGGAGGAGGGAACAGGGGACAGUGAGAACCAACGAGCUGGCAUUGUGGCAGGCAACAGCUCUGAGUGUGGGCAGCAGCCGGCUGUGGAGAAGUGUGAGACCAUCCAUGUGGCCAUCGUCUGUGCCGGAUACAACGCCAGCAGGGACGUUGUCACCCUGGUGAAAUCCGUCCUCUUUCAUAGGCGGAACCCUCUGCACUUCCACCUCAUUGCUGAUUCUAUUGCGGAGCAGAUCCUGGCUACUCUCUUCCAGACCUGGAUGGUACCUGCAGUCCGAGUAGACUUCUAUAACGCUGAUGAGCUCAAGUCUGAAGUGUCCUGGAUUCCCAACAAACAUUACUCUGGGAUUUAUGGCCUGAUGAAGCUGGUACUGACCAAGACCCUACCUGCCAACCUGGAGAGAGUCAUUGUCCUAGACACCGACAUUACCUUUGCAACAGACAUCGCAGAGCUCUGGGCUGUGUUCCAUAAGUUCAAAGGUCAACAGGUCCUGGGAUUGGUAGAGAACCAGAGUGACUGGUAUCUUGGAAAUCUCUGGAAAAAUCACCGUCCAUGGCCAGCCCUUGGAAGGGGCUAUAACACAGGAGUCAUACUACUGCUUCUGGACAAGCUUCGGAAGAUGAAGUGGGAGCAGAUGUGGAGGCUGACGGCAGAGAGGGAACUCAUGGGAAUGCUGUCUACCUCCUUGGCUGACCAGGACAUUUUCAAUGCUGUCAUCAAACAAAACCCCUUUCUGGUGUAUCAGCUUCCCUGCUUCUGGAAUGUGCAGCUGUCAGACCACACCCGCUCUGAGCAGUGCUACAGAGAUGUGUCCGAUUUAAAGGUUAUCCACUGGAACUCCCCCAAGAAGCUCCGUGUGAAGAACAAACAUGUGGAAUUCUUCCGCAACCUCUACCUGACCUUCUUGGAGUAUGAUGGCAACCUCUUGCGGCGGGAGCUGUUUGGGUGCCCCAGCGAGACUGAUGUCAACAGUGAAAAUCUUCAGAAGCAGCUGUCUGAGCUGGAUGAGGAUGACUUGUGCUAUGAGUUCAGGCGAGAGCGCUUCACUGUCCACAGAACCCACCUGUACUUCCUGCACUACGAGUUCGAACCUUCUGCUGACCACACAGAUGUUACCCUGGUUGCUCAGCUCUCCAUGGACAGACUACAGAUGUUGGAGGCCAUCUGUAAACACUGGGAGGGACCCAUCAGUCUGGCUCUCUACCUGUCGGACGCAGAAGCCCAGCAGUUCCUCCGCUAUGCCCAGGGAUCCGAGGUGCUCAUGAGCCGGCAGAAUGUGGGCUAUCACAUCGUGUACAAGGAGGGUCAGUUCUAUCCCGUUAACUUCCUGCGCAACGUGGCUAUGAAGCACAUCAGCACACCCUACAUGUUCCUAUCCGACAUUGACUUCCUGCCCAUGUAUGGACUCUAUGAGUACCUCAGGAAGUCUGUCAUCCAGCUUGACCUUGCCAAUACCAAGAAAGCAAUGAUCGUCCCAGCAUUUGAGACGCUGCGCUACCGACUCUCUUUCCCCAAGUCAAAAGCAGAGCUGCUGUCAAUGUUGGACAUGGGGACCCUAUUCACAUUCAGGUAUCACGUAUGGACGAAAGGCCACGCACCCACAAACUUCGCCAAGUGGCGGACUGCCACCACGCCUUACCAGGUCGAGUGGGAGGCCGAUUUCGAGCCAUACGUUGUUGUGAGGCGAGACUGCCCCGAGUACGACCGGAGGUUUGUGGGCUUUGGCUGGAACAAAGUGGCUCACAUCAUGGAACUGGAUGCACAGGAGUAUGAGUUCACCGUGCUGCCCAAUGCCUACAUGAUCCACAUGCCCCAUGCUCCUAGUUUCGACAUCACUAAGUUCCGCUCCAACAAGCAAUACCGAGUCUGUCUCAAAACCCUGAAGGAAGAGUUUCAACAGGACAUGUCCCGACGCUACGGCUUUGCUGCCUUGAAAUAUCUCACGGCUGAGAACAAUAGCUAGCACCACGGAGGCCACCACUAGGGAGAGACAUGCCACAAUGGAAGAGCCACUUCCUUCCUGGGGGCCCAACUUUUGAGAACUCCAACACUGCUUUUCUUUGGUUUGUUUCCCUUUGUCUCUUUGGCCCCACAAAGCUGCUCUCUUCCGAGAUCUUCGACAGAGACCCAGCCCACCAUGAGUGCUUCCAGAAUGGGACAUAGAAGGUGUGGAAGCAAAUGAAGAGUUAGCAGUUUACCACAAAGCCACAGACCAAGUCAGGGUUUCUGGAUGUUCCCAUUGCUUUUUAACAAUCAUGGGUCAAACCUUAGCUGUUGAGGAAGUAAAAGCAAUAAAGUUCCCUACGACGGAAAUUUACCCUGCCACCUAGCUGGAUUCCCAUAGGGAGAGCAACCCAAGGAACGAAACAAACGUCUGGAGACUCUCAUAGGGACAUUAGACAUGCAGGGACCUGGAGGAGGGAUGGAUUGGUUCUUUAUUCUCAAAGUCACUCUUGUUUUUGUUUUGAGUUUUUGAAUUUGGGGGAUUUUGAUCUAGUAAUUCAAGUUGUUUUUUUUUUUAACGUAAUCCUUAAAGCUCUAAAAGAAAAAUUAGCUCCCUCAAUCAACAACCCUCAACAUCAGUGGCCCUGCAAAGACAACCAUCCUCAGAGAACGUGUAAGCAGCUUCCUUCAUGAUGAACCCUGAGAACAACCUGAUUUCAAGUUUCUACUCACUAGAUCCAGGGCUAUAACAGGGACUACAGAAAUAUGAAGCCAAACACUAUAUGCAAGUCACAUUUUCUAUGGACCGUGACCAAGUCACAAGGAAAGGGCUUCAUGGAACUACUUCGACACUCACAGAAGGUAUGAUCCCCUUCUUAGGCCUCGAGAGGGACUUGAACAGUUCGCAGAAGUCCAAUUUGAACACCCAUAUGACUACGUUGAAGCCACUGGAAGAAGUGGGUCGGGUAUCUCUGUGUUCUUCUCUGCCUCACUGUUGGAAGUGAGGGAGCUGAUGAACUUCAUUUCCCCUCAGGACCUGUCCGAGUGUUGGCAAGCACCUCCUCACCGUUCAUAUGGAACAAACACUGGGCCCAUUUUCUUUACCCUUCACUAUUACUGCUGUGUUUACAUUGAUGAGAACAAGAGUUAAUGGCCUACCCUCCACUGGGCUGUUUAUAUUGAGUUGCCAUGUAACCAGCAAAAGCUGCAUUCAAUAAAUGAAAAUACAGACUGUU